AAUAUUCCCCACUUUCCCCUGUUUCCCAAGCCCCUCCCCGUGCUCCUCUCUUCCCUUUCUCCACCGCCCCCCAACCAUGUCCGCCGCCGCACUCCGCCGUCUCUCCGCGGCGCUUUUCCUCCUUCUCCAAAUUUCCACCACCGCCGUCUUCGCCAUUGGCGUCAACUACGGCACCCUAGGAAACAACCUCCGGCCGCCGGCCGAGGUCGCGAACUUCCUCAAAACAAAAACUAAAAUCGACCGCGUGAAGAUAUUUGAUACAAAUCCGGAUAUCCUAAGAGCCUUCGCCGGCAGCGGAAUCCUGGUCACGGUAACGGUCGGCAACGGCUUGAUCCCUAAUCUAGCGGAUCUGGCAUUCGCUCGGGAAUGGGUAGCUGCACAUAUCGCGCCGUUUCACCCUCAGACGCGGAUUCAUUAUAUUGCUGUGGGGAAUGAAAUCAUACAUUCUAAUGAUAAGCCUCUGAUCGCUCGUCUUGUACCGGCCAUGAGAUCGCUCCACCGAGCUCUAGUUCUCGCCGGAAUUAGGGACGUUAAGGUCACAUCUCCACAUUCUUUAGGCAUCCUCUCGAUCUCAGAGCCACCAAGCAUGGGACGGUUCAGGCGAGGGUACGAUCGAGCCAUAUUCGGUCCAAUGCUUCAAUUCCUACGAGAAACCAAGGCCCCAUUCAUGGUGAACCCAUAUCCUUACUUCGGCUACUCACCAAAAAUGGCUAAUUAUGUUCUAUUCAAACCCAAUCGUGGCAUUUACGACAAGUACACCAAAAUCACCUACACCAACAUGUUCGAUAGCAUGAUGGACGCCAUCUACUCUGCCAUGAAGAAACUAGGCUACGCCGACGUUAAUAUCGUCCUCGGCGAAACGGGAUGGCCCACAAAUUGCGACUACAUUGCUUGUAGCCCUGACAAUGCUGCUACUUACAAUAGGAACUUGGUAUGGCAUGUCAAUUCUGGGAAAGGAACGCCAUUGAUGCCGAACCGAAAAUUUGAAACGUAUUUGUUCGGUUUGUUUAAUGAAAAUCUUAAACCCGGUCCGACCGCCGAACGCAACUGGGGUUUGUUUCAACCCGAUUUUACUCCGGUUUAUAGUCUUCCUAACAUCAUGCUUGGCGGUCGGGGACGUGGCGGUAGGAGGCCGACACCGGUGGCUCCGUCGGGGAAGAAAUGGUGCGUGCCGAGAUCCGACGCGGCCGUUGAUGCCUUACAGAAGAACAUUGACUACGUUUGCAGCUCGAACGUGGACUGCCGUCCGAUCCAAGCCGGCGGCGCGUGUUUUCUACCUAACGAUGUCCGGUCCCACGCGGCUUACGUCAUGAAUUCAUAUUAUCAAACCUCCGGGCGCCACGAUUACAACUGCGAUUUCAGUCACACCGGAGUUCUAACCACCGUGAAUCCAAGUCACGGCGGGUGUGCGUUCUCUUGAGAGAUUGAGCAGCGGAGGCGAGAGAUGGUUUUGACUUCGUACGGGGGGUGCAGGAGAGGAAACCGUGAGGCCUCAUACAGCUUGGUACUCAAUAGAGAAGCUGAACAACUUUUUUUCUUUUCUCAUUUUUCUUUUAUAUAAUGAUUAUUACUAUUUUGAUGCAAUUGAAUUGGAUUCUUCUACAAAAAUCUCGCUCUCAUUUUACAAAAGUGAGAUUUGGAGAUUCAAAAAGAGGUUCAGUUAAUUAUUCAAACAUACUCCAUUCUUCUUCC